AUGUGCGGAUAUCUGCUGUACAUGGUGCGGAACUUGUCCGGGAGAAAACUGCCCGAUCCUGAAGUCCACAUAGAAGUUUUGCACAAGCCGUUCAUGUGUUAUCGUACUUCGAAGUAUGGGGACAUGCUUUUAGUCCACUACGAGGGUUUUUUGGAAAGUAACGGGACGAUGUUUCACUCCAGUCGUAGUGAAGGCGAUAAAAACCCUGUGUGGUUUACGCUGGGCAUGCGGGAGGUGAUCCGAGGCUGGGACAAAGGCCUGACCGACAUGUGCACCGGAGAGCGCCGGAAGAUCACGGUGCCACCAGCACUGGCUUAUGGGAAGGAGGGGAAAGGUAAAAUCCCUCCAAGCAGUACUUUAGUUUUUGAUAUAGAGCUGAUGGAGAUUAGAAACGGCCCCAGAUCCCACGAGUCUUUCCAGCUGAUGGAUCUCAACAAUGACUGGAAGCUCUGCAGAAAAGAGGUGAAGGAAUACUUGAAGAAAGAGUUUGAGAAACACGGAUACUCGCCUAACGACACGGAGCACGAUUCGAUGGUGGAGGACAUUUUCAAGAACGAGGACGAGGACAAAGACGGCUUCAUAUCGUCGCGAGAGUUCACCUAUCAGCACGACGAGCUAUAA